ACCAUGAUUUCAUAAGAAAUCUCGAUCCAAAUACUCGAGUUACUUGUUCUUCCAUUUUCUCCCUCCCUGCAAUUAUCAACCGAUGGUUGAUGCACAGAGAGAAUUAGAAGGGUACUCAGAUGGGUUGCGUGAAUUAGAGGCGAUGUUUGCAGCGUUUAAGAACAAAUCGAACCGCGUCGCGGCCACGAUACGAUCGUCGACAAUGGGAGUCGUUGUCAUCUUCCUCGCCUUGCUAGUUCUUGUGUUCUCUACCUUUUGGAUCGCCAACAUCUCUGAUUACAGAAUGGUAACCACCAUGACUCCACAAGCUCUCAAAUCAAACAUCUCCCACAGUGCACACCCCGCGCCGAAACAUCAACCAAAACCUAUCGCCUUGACCUGUGGAAAUCAAACGGCAGUUCCAAUCUGCCAAAGACAAGUCUCUGCAUCAGUUGUUCCUUCUCGCCCCCCCACCAUGCCCCAAUCCUCUGCUUCCUGCCCCGACUACUUCCGAUGGAUUUACGAGGACUUACGGCCGUGGAAAACCACAGGAAUCACGAGGGAGAUGGUGGAGAGUGCUCAAAAGUUCGCCACCUUCCGGUUGGUGGUGCUCGAUGGCCGGGUCUACGUGGAGCACUAUGGAGGAGGAUUCCAGACGAGAGACGUGUUCACGCUUUGGGGCCUCCUCCAGCUCGCUAAUCGAUAUCCAGGUCGCAUCCCCGAUAUCGAUCUCAUGUUCAACUGCAACGACACGCCUUCCGUCAAGUCAGCCGGCCACCGGUCGUCACCUCCGCCUCCACUCUUCCGGUACUGCAAGGAUGAUAAGACACUGGACAUCGUCUUCCCUGAUUGGUCGUUUUGGGGUUGGGCUGAGGUCAAUAUAAAGCCAUGGAGGACCCUGGUCAAGGAGCUGGAAGAAGGGAACAGAAGAGUGAAAUGGAGAGACAGGGAGCCAUAUGCCUACUGGAAGGGCAAUCCAUGGGUAUCUGAUAGCAGGAGCGAUCUCAUGAGGUGCAACGUCUCCAAGCAUCACGACUGGAAUGCUCGUCUCUACGCACUGAACUGGGACAGUGAGAAGAGGCAAGGUUACAAUAACUCAAACCUGGCAAGCCAAUGCAAGUAUAGGUAUAAGAUCUUUGUGGAAGGCCGGGCAUGGUCAGUGAGUAAUAAGUACAUCUUAGCGUGUGAUUCGCCUGCGCUGUUUGUGAGGACUCGCUUCCAUGAUUUCUUCUCCAGAGGUCUGAUGCCAGGGCGGCACUACUGGCCCAUAAGAGAAGACGACAAGUGCAGCUCGAUCAAGUUUGCUGUCGACUGGGGCAACAAGCACCAAGAGGAGGCAGAAGCCAUGGGAACAGUAGGUAGCAGCCACAUGAAAGAAGAAGUAAAGAUGGAGUACGUCUAUGACUACAUGCUACAUCUACUAAUCCAAUACGCCAAGCUGUUGAGGUACAAGCCUACUGUGCCGGAGAAAGCUAUCGAGUUCUGCUUGGAGUCUGUGGCUUGUCCUGCCACGGGCAUCGUCAAGAAGCUCCUGAUGGAGUCGAUGGAGAAGCGGACAGAGGAAGCAGAGCCGUGCAGAAUUCCCCCACCAUUCAAUCCGGAGGAGCUACAAGAGAUAAUGGAGAGAAAAGCUAAUGUUUUGAAGCAAAUCGAGUCGUGGGAGGACAAAAAGGCUAACAUAUGAGAAAGCAAAUUUAGCCAUAGAUACGACAGCGAUUCAUGUUUGACUCUUAAAAUACCGCAUGACAAUAUUUUCAUUAGAAAAAAAAAACAAUUAGUAUAAACUUU